AUGGAAAGCUUGGUGGGCGGAAUGACGGAUUCGCAGAGGUUCAAAUACCUAAUCACAUGUCAUACUAUAGUUCAGACGCAUUAUGCAAAGCCGACGGUGAUAAUGGUAUACUUGGAGAUGUCAUACUAUAGUUCAGACGCAUUAUGCAAAGCCGACGGUGAUAAUGGUAUACUUGGAGAUGUACACACACCGGAAUUUCUAAACAGCAUUCGUGUGUCGGGUCUACCAAAUCAUACACUGAAUUUGAAAAUCGGCUCACCAGUAAUAUUAAUGAGAAAUAUUGACCAUUCUCUUGGGUUGUGCAAUGGAACUCGGUUGAUAAUCACAAAGUUAGCAGACCAUGUUAUUGAAAGCGAGCUUCUCACUGGUCCCAACAAAGGUACAAAAGUGUUAAUUCCCCGAAUGUCAAUGUCACCCUCGGAUCCAAGAUUGCCGUUCAAGUUUCAACGAAGGCAAUUCCCAUUGAUGCUUUCAUAUGCGAUGACCAUAAACAAAAGUCAAUGCCAAACAUUGACUCAUGUAGGUUUAAUACUAAAGAAACAGGUUUUUGUACACGGUCAGUUGUACGUAGCUGCAUCUCGGGUUAACAAUCCAGACGGUCUGAAAAUAUUGAUUGUAAAAGACUCAAGUUCAACUACUACAUCAACCACUAAUGUUGUAUAUCAUGAAGUUUUCAAUAAUUUGUAA